GCACAUUUGUUCUAUGCCCAGGGUACGUAUCGUAGCAUACUAACCUAUGUGGUGGGUUUAUACACACUGUAUACUUUACUCAAUGGAAUGUAAGAGUUUGAUCUUCUCAGAUGAGCUGAAGUUUGAAAAUCAUGUCUGACAGUGAAGGGAGUGUGUACUCCGAUGCAGAGAGUGGUGGAGCUGGAUCCGACCCAGAGAGUGAGGUUGCGGAUAACCAGGGCUCUGAAGAUGAGAUGAGCAGCCCCAAGAAGAAGCGCAAUGUGAUAGAAAGUGAUGAUGAUGACAGUGAGGACAACGCCCGCUCCAAGAAGAAACGCCGGGUCAGCGUCAGUGAGGAUGAGGAGGAUGUGGAUGAGUAUGAUGAGGAAGAGGAUGAGGACCAAGAUGAGGGUCACCACAGGAAAAAGAAGAAACCAGCACACAGGGGCUUUAUCCUCGAUGAGGCUGAGGUUGACGAUGAUGACGAGGAGGAGGAGGAAGACUGGGAGGAGGGAGCUGCAGAGCUGAUGGACCGCAAGUCCAUGUAUGAGGGCCCCACUGCCAAGGACAUGGAGAGCAACAGGAGGCUCAAUGAACUCAUGAAUUCUCAAACAGAGGAUGAGAUUGAGGCUUACUACCGUCAGAAGUACGGGGACAGUUCGGCGCUGGAUAGGUUUGGGGAGGGAGAAGAGAUGUCAGACGAGAUCACACAACAGGGACUCCUUCCGGGUGUCAAGGACCCUAACCUGUGGCUUGUGAAGUGUCGGAUCGGUGAGGAGAGACAGACUGCCCUUCAGCUGAUGAGGAAGUUUAUUGCGUACCAGUUCUCUGAAGAGCCGAUGCAGAUCAAGGCAGUGAUAGCGAAGGAGAGUCUGAAGGGUUACAUUUACAUUGAGGCUUACAAACAGACUCACGUCAAACAGGCCAUAGAGGGCAUCGGCAGUCUACGCAUCGGACAGUGGUCCCAGAUGAUGGUUCCUAUCAAGGAGAUGACAGACUGUCUAAAGGUGGUGAAGGAGACAGCUGUCCUCAAGCCUAAAGGAUGGGUGCGUCUAAAGCGUGGUAUCUACAAGGACGACCUUGCACAGGUGGACUACGUCGAAUCUGCUCAGAACGCUGUGCACCUCAAACUGCUGCCUAGGGUAGACUACUCAAGGCUAAGAGGGGUGCUUCGCCAUCAAAACUCUGAUGCAGACAGAAAGAAGCCAAAGAGAAGACCGCCUCAAAAGCUGUUUAGCAUGGAUGAAAUCAAAGCAAUAGGAGGUGAAGUGACAUUUGAUGGAGAUUUCCUCCUCUUUGAAGGCAACAAGUACAGCAGGCGAGGAUUCCUCUUCAAAACAUUUGUCAUGUCAGCCAUUGUUGCCGAAGGGGUGAAACCUACACUAGCUGAAUUGGAGAAGUUUGAGGAUCAACCUGAUGCAGUCAACAUAACUGUGAUCCCUGACAAGAGUGCGGGUGAGGUUACUCACAACUUCAUCCCCGGGGACGUGGUAGAGGUGUGUGAUGGGGAGUUAAUCCACCUGCAGGGAAAGAUCAUCAGCAUCGACGCAGACAAGAUCACCAUGAUACCCAAACAUGAGGACCUUAAGGAUCCUCUGGAGUUCCCUGCCCAUGAGUUGAAGAAGCAUUUUAAGACAGGGGAUCACGUGAAGGUGAUCGGGGGCAAGUAUGAGGGUGACACUGGCCUCAUUGUCCGAGUGGAGGAUCAAAUCGUUGUGCUCUUCUCAGAUCUUACCAUGCAUGAACUGAAAGUGUUGCCAAAGGACCUUCAGCUGUGUGCUGACAUGGCAACAGGCGUGGACUCAUUGGGACAGUUCCAGUUCGGUGAUCUUGUACAUCUUGAUCCCCAGACUGUUGGUGUGAUUGUGCGGUUGGAGAAAGAAAACUUCCAGGUCCUCAGUAUGCACAAUAAGGUGAUGAACGUGAAGCCUCAGGCCAUCACAAGGAAGAAGGACACGAAACAUGCUGUAGCCCUCGAUUCAGAGAACAACAAUGUAUGUGUGAAGGACAUUGUCAAGGUCGUGGAUGGGCCACACUCUGGUCGAGAUGGUGAGAUCAAGCACCUGUACCGCAGUUUUGCCUUCCUGCUUUCCCGCAAGAUGACAGACAAUGGAGGAUACUUUGUCUGCAAAACCAGGCAUCUGGUUCAGGCUGGUGGUUCAUCCAAGGCUAAUGUUUCAGUGGGAAUGCCAGGGUUCAUGUCCCCGCGCCUGUCCAGUCCCGCACACCCAGGGUCUGGAGGCUCCACCCCAGGGAGGGGUAGGGGCCGUGGGGGGCCAGGGGGUGGACCUGGGGUGAAGAGGGAUCGUGAAAUGAUUGGUCAGACUGUCAGGAUCAUACAAGGACCUUUUAAAGGUUAUAUUGGUAUGGUUAAGGACUGCACAGAGAGCGCUGCGAGAGUGGAGCUACAUUCCAGCUGUAAAACCAUCUCUGUGGACAAGUCUCGCCUUGCCUCUCUCACAGGGCAGAGGCCUGGUGCUGGAGGCAGGACCUCCACACAUGGUGGACGGACGCCUGUGUAUGGGGGACAGACUCCUAUGUAUGGUUCUCGCACACCCAUGUACGGUUCCCAGACCCCUCUGCAUGAUGGGAGCCGCACACCCCACUAUGGCUCACAGACACCCCAACAUGAGGGCAGUAUGACCCCAGGACGGGCAGGCGCCUGGGAUCCAGCCAAUCCUAACACACCAAGCAGACAAUCAGAUUUUGACUACAACCUUGAUGACUCUGUGUCCCCAGCCUCCGAUGUCCGGAGCCCUGUGGGCGGCCCCUUCACUCCACAGACUCCCGGCACAGCCUACUCCCCCUAUGGACCAUCCCCAUCAUCAUAUCAAGCUAACAGCCCUGGCCUGGGUGGCUCCUCCCCCAGUCCCCUGGGUUACCAAGCAUCUCCCUCCCCGUCAGCAUAUGGGGGUUACAGCCCAAUGACCCCUGGGGCCCCCUUCACCCCGCAGACACCAGGGACAGCCAUGGACCACAGCAAUGCAGACUGGCACACUACUGACAUUGAGGUGCGCAUACGGGAGACCCAUGAUGACGCCAACCUCAUUCACCAGACUGGAGUCAUCAGGAGCAUCACUAGUGGGAUGUGUUCGGUAUUCCUGCCAUCAGAGGACAAGGUGGUCAGUAUUCCCUGUGAACACCUGGAGCCUGUACAGCCGGAAAAGAGUGACAAGACAAAGGUGAUAAUGGGAGAGGAGCGAGAGGCAACAGGAACGCUAUUGAGUAUUGAUGGCGGCGAGGGCGUCAUUAAACUGGAUGGCGGAGACAAGAACAUCAAGAUGUUGCCUAUACGAUACCUCUGUAAGAUGCCCAGCUAGGGAGCGGGCAUGUAAGGUGCAGACAGGCCAGCAUUGAGCGAUGAAGGGGUGGCGUCACCCCCACGUGUAGUAUAGACCUGUGGAAUUCAUAGAGCAGGAGUGAUAGGGAGAAGUGAUAAAAACACUAACAGUGCUGAGAAGAAAACUUUACUGUUCGGCUUUCUCAUUCUUGUUGAUUGCAUUUCUGUUCUCAUAUAACUUGAAGCUUUCAAAAUGAUUUUUAAUAUCACUUUGUAAAAACCAGAUCCCGAUUUCUUGAAAAUCUUAAGCAUAUCCGCUUAAGUAUCUUAUUUCAUUUCAAAGUUGAUUAUAUGGAAAAGAAAAAAUCAUGAUUGUUCUGAAGACAGAUUCCUUAAAAGUCUCGACACUCUUUAAAAUGAGAAUAACAAUUUAUGCCCAAUCAAAAUAGGGCGAUGAGCUUGAUCCUCAUUCCUGUUAUUAGAUUGUUCAAGAAACUGGGGUCAGUUUUUGUUUUCCUGUAAGGAAAUAUGUUUUUUAAUAAUGAUAAUUAACAUGUUGUUAACACAUUUAGGGAGAUCUUUUUGGGCAUGUAAUUAUGCUUGUUGCACAAAUCAUUGUACACAAGAUAAAUUGGUUAUGUAACAUGCUCAUUGUUUUAUUGUAAUGUUAUUAGUUUGCAUGUAAGUUAUCACACUUUUCUAUCAAACUUGUAUAGUUCUUUUUUGUCACAUUCUUGGAUUUGAUUGCAAACUUAAAAAAAUGAACAUGUUUUUCUAUGCUUUCAUUUGUUUUCAAACACCGAAAAUUUUUUUUUAAAGUUCCAACAGUUUCCUCUGUUUAUUGCACCUGUUGAUUAUUUAUUUUAUGCAUUAAGCAUUUUAAAGUCAAAGUAAACAUAAUGAGAAUGAGGUGACAUGCAGUCUGCUGUCAACAUCAUGCUUACAUGUGUAUGUACGAAAACGUUUGUAAAAAGAUGUAAUAAACCUGAACAGUGUACAUGAAUUCACUAAAACUGGGGCGGUCAUAGAUAUUAUUGUGAAGUCAAGAGUCCACAUUUCUGAAUAACAUUUAUAUACUGAAUAUGAUCCCUAGAGAAUAUUUCCACAUGUUAACACAAGUUUGGAGGAAUAAGCUUCUUAGUCAUAAUUAUGUCUUUUUUCUUCAGAAAUGCCAAUGCCUUUGAAUGUUGUGUCUAAAUGUAUGGUUGAACAUGAGAAUCAUGCUUUGUGAAGGAACAUUUCCAUUAAAGCAUUAAAACAUC